UGCCCAUCUCAGUCGGCACCAUGGAGGAGAACUACGUCAGACAUGUGGAGCUGUUGGGCUUCGAGAAGCGCUUCUUCCCCAGCCAGCACUUUGUGUACAUGCUGAUGGUGAAGUGGAGCGACCUCUCAGAGAAGCUCAUCUACAGGACCUAUCCGGAGUUUCACACCUUCCACAAAACCCUCAAGGAGAUGUUUCCCAUUGAAGCUGGUCAGAUAGAGAAGAAGGACAGAAUCAUCCCCAAAUUACCAGCGCCGCGGUGGUUGGACAGCCAGAAGUCGACAGAAACCAGACAGAGCACGCUGUCCGAGUACUGCAGCACGCUCAUCAACCUGCCUCCUCACAUCUCCCGCUGCAAACACCUGGCCAGCUUCUUCAAGGUCCGACCGGAGGACGAGAACCCGCCGGCCCCAAACACGUUGAAAAGAAACGAGAACUUUGUGGAGUCUAGAGAGCUGGCGAGAGGCAACGCAUCAGAGAUUUCCAGCCCCAUCAUCCUGGACACCUACAGGGUGAUCGCGGACUUUGACAAGACGUCCAAACAUGAGAUCAACCUGCACACCGGAGACCUGGUGGAGAUAGUGGAGAAGAACCAGAACGGAUGGUGGUUCUGUCAGUGUGAGUCUAAGCAUGGUUGGGUCCCUGCUUCGUACCUGGAGCCUCUGGACACACCAGAGGAGGCGGAGGAAGCUGAACCAGACUAUGAAGGAGAGCUACAUGUCACCAUCAAAGCCUACAAGGCUGAGCAGAAGGAUGAGAUCUCUCUGGAGAUGGGAGAGACCAUCGAGGUGAUUCACAAACUGCUGGACGGCUGGUGGGUGGUCAGGAAAGGAGAAGAGACCGGCCAUUUCCCUUCCAUGUUUCUACAAAAAGCUGGCAAGAAGGAAAUAUAUGAAGCCCAGCGGCUGAACGUGCAGAGACAGAAACCACCACCACGCAGGUCGUCCAUCAGCAACGCCAAGAGCAUCCACAGUCGAGCUCGCCAGCGGAUCAGCCAGGACACGUACCGCAGGAACAGCCGCCGUUACCUCCAGCAGAAAGGUGGCCUCCGAGCUGAGAACAGGAACUCCAGGAACGCCACAAAGUCGCCGCUGAGGGAGAGGAAGAACCAGGAUAACAUCCCAGAGCAGUCUGGCUCUAACUUGGAGGGCGAGCUGAAGAAGGAGGCCCCGGUCAUCCCUCCUCGGCCGAGCGCUGAGCUCAUCAUGGAGCGCUGCAGCGCCAACACCCGCAAGAAAGUCAGCAUCCGCCUGUCACAGGUCAAAGUGUAAAAGUCACGAAAACAUCUUCUGAUUUAUCUGCUUUGAUCUGUCCAGAUGUUUGAAAAUCAAGAGUUAAAACGAUGAGAGGUCGAGGUUAAAAAUGUUUAAAGGUGUUUUUUUUUUUCAUUUCACAGUCAUAAAUGGUCCUAAAUGGUGUGAAAACAGUUCCUAGUCUGGUUUUGUCUAAAGGGUUUAAAACUUUUUCUUAGUUGGACUCAGAACAAGUCAUCACCAUCAAAACAACUCAGUGAGGACUGAAACCAAAGAUGUGUCACUUAAAGUCUCUUCAAAUACAUCAAAAACAACUAGUUAAUUUGCUGUAAAUAUAUACAACCCAAAUCCCAAAAAAGUUGGUACACUGUGUAGGAUAUAAAUAAAAACAAUGUCUGUUUAAUCUCAUAAACCCACAAUAGAACAUAAAGAACACGUCAGAUGUUAAACUGGGACAUUUUAUCAUUUCAUGAAAAAUGUUCACUAACUUUGAAUUUGAUGGCAGCAACACAUCUAAAAAAAGUAGGGGCGGGGCCACCAUUGUGUAGCUUCCCAUCUUCUUUUAGCAACAGUCUGUAAACGUCUGAGAAGUGAGGAGACCAGUUGGUGGGAGAGGAAUGUUUUCCCAUUCUUGUCUGAUGUAGGAUUCUAGCUGCUCAACAGUCCUGGGUCCUCUUUGCUGGAUUUUUCCU